GUGGAAUCACCCAAUGGGAGGUCCGGUUGUUUCGCUGCAGUUGGCAGGCUGCUGCGGGAGGCGGUGGCGGUAAGAAGCCGGAGGCAGAGGGGUGACAGGAAAGUGGAGACCCUCAAGAAUCUAUAGUGGGAGUUCCCUGACCAGGGAUCAAACCCGUGGCCCCUGCAGUGGAAGCGUGGAGUCUUAACCACUGGACCUCUAGUGAAGUUCCUCUUUCUUGUUUUCAACCUCAGAAAAGUUGGAAAACAUUUAAGUCUCAACAAAUGAAUCCCACACUUGAACUCUGCCGCAUUCCUGUGCCACCUCCUCCAUUGGAACACUGAUCUUAGAACAGAGAGAGAAAAGAGGAAUAGAAGGUAGAAGAAGAUGCUGGGAUCUGAACGUGGCGUUGUGGAAGAAUGGUUAUCAGAAUUCAAGGCAUUACCUGACACUCAGAUCACCAAUUAUGCAGCAACUUUACACCGGAAAAAAACACUGGUACCAGCCCUGUAUAAAGUUAUUCAAGAUUCGAAUAAUGAGCUCCUGGAGCCUGUCUGCCACCAGCUGUUUGAGCUCUACCGUAGCUCUGAAGUUCGACUUAAGAGGUUCACACUGCAGUUCUUGCCAGAAUUGAUGUGGGUUUAUUUACGGCUUACAGUUAGCCGAGACAGACAGAGUAAUGGUUGCAUUGAAGCACUUCUUUUAGGAAUUUACAAUUUGGAAAUUGCUGAUAAAGAUGGGAACAAUAAAGUUCUGUCUUUUACUAUCCCUUCCUUAUCCAAGCCUUCAAUAUACCAUGAGCCCUCAACAAUUGGAUCCAUGGCUUUGACAGAAGGGGCAUUGUGUCAGCAUGAUCUCAUCAGGGUUGUUUACAGUGAUCUUCAUCCACAGAGGGAAACAUUCACUGCACAAAACCGGUUUGAAGUCCUGAGUUUCCUCAUGUUAUGUUAUAAUUCUGCUAUUGUAUAUAUGCCUGCUUCAUCUUACCAGUCUCUUUGCCGAAUGGGCUCCAGGGUUUGUGUGAGUGGAUUUCCACGGCAACAUGAAAAACACUGGAAAGAACUCUGUGGUCGAAUAGUAUUGGAUCCUGAAUUUAUGGUGCAGCUUCUCACAGGAGUUUAUUAUGCCAUGUAUAAUGGACAGUGGGACCUUGGCCAGGAAGUCCUUGAUGACAUCAUUUAUAGAGCUCAGCUAGAACUCUUUUCUCAACCGCUAUUGGUUGCCAAUGCCAUGAAAAACUCAUUACCAUUUGAUGCUCCUGAUUCUUCACAAGAAGGCCAGAAAGUACUUAAAGUCGAAGUCACUCCAACAGUGCCGAGGAUUUCUCGGACUGCGAUUACAACAGCUUCAAUCCGUCGCCAUAGAUGGAGGAGAGAAGAUGGCUUUGACUUCUCAAACGAGGCUGACUCGAGUAUUCCUGGCUCCCCGAUCCAACACGGCUCCACUGACCUAGGGAUCAAACGUGUGCAAGAGGGGGAGGUGCUGGUGCGCAGGACUCCUGAGCACGGCUCACCGGAGCCCAACUCAGCAGCAGCCACAACAGAGGGUGCUGAGGGUGUAAAUGGAGGAGAGGAGUCGGUAAACCUGAAUGAUGCAGAUGAAGGAUUUUCAUCAGGGGCUUCCCUCAGCAACCAGCCAGUUGGGACCAAACCAUCCUCCUCUUCUCAGAGGGGAAACUUAAGGAAAGUAGCAACUGGGCGUUCAGCCAAGGAUAAAGAAACAACUUCUGCUAUCAAAUCCAGUGAGAGCCCUCGAGAUUCAGUAGUUCGCAGGCAGUAUGUACAGCAACCAAGUGAUCUUAGUGUAGAUUCAAUUGAGCUGACGCCGAUGAAGAAACACCUGAGCCUGCCUGCUGGCCAGGUGGUGCCAAAAACUAAUAGUAUAAGUCUAAUCCGGACAGCCAGUGCUUCCUCAAGUAAAUCAUUUGACUAUGUAAAUGGCAGUCAAGCAAGUACCAGCAUUGGGGUUGGCACUGAGGGUGUUACUAAUUUAGCAGCUAACAAUGGUAAUCGAUAUUCAACUGUCAGUCUACAGGAAGACCGGCUAGGUCAAGCUGGAGAAGGUAAAGAGCUCCUCAGCCCAGGAGCUCCCUUAACCAAGCAGUCUCGAUCCCCAAGUUUCAAUAUGCAGCUAAUAUCCCAGGUGUAGUCUUGACAUCCUCUCUCAUCUUUCUGCUUACCUUCUAAACUGAACAUUUCAUGUGCAAGAAGACACUUCAUCCCACUUGUGAAAAUAUUGGUCAUCAUAAACAGAUUUGAUUUAGUUUAGGUAUCUUCAUACUGUAUUUUGUAUGGAAACAGCAAUAAGGUUUUCUUUUCCCUCCUUCCUAUAUCUUCUCUUCACCUAUUCCUUGUAAAUGUGUUUGUGAAGCAGUAGAAAAUGUUUGUGUUUUCCACACCUUCCUUUCUCCUUGGGUGAAGUGCAAUCCAUCGUAGGCUGAUCGGUCCCAUUUCAACACUGUGAGACUGAGGUUAUGUUAGAGGAAAUGGUGUAUAUGAUCCCUAUGAAUGAUUCUUCAGCUUUUGUUAAAAAAAAAAAAAAACGGGUUGUUCUCAUAAUCUAUGAAGAUUACUGGGUCAUAUUUUUUCUCUCUUAACCAGGAGUGCCUCAGAGAUUCUGCUAUGACUUUGGACUUCUCUGAGUCUGUGCAAUUAUUUUCUUGAGAAGCAUGGGGAAAGGUGGUAGACUGCUGCACUUUUUCAUUAAAACGAGGGUGGCUCUUUUUUCCCCCAUCUCCUUUAUCUCGAGGACACAAUGUUCAAUUACUGAGGCAUUUAAAUCAAGUUGUGGCCGCCUCUGUUGGAGGACAGGGCUCUAAGUUGAUUGUGUAAUAGAUAAUGCACUUUCUCAAUGGCUCUAUAGUCAUUAUUAACAUGUCUUCCCUCCUCCCCACAAGGACAUAAGGUCAUUUCUGUCCUUCAAGUUUGAACAGCUAAUAAAUCAGAGAAUCCAAGGGGCAUGUUCUAUUUCCCAGGAAUGAUUGACACUUUGGUGCUGGGGUUUUAUGGGGGGAGGGGGUAGUUUUUGUUUAGCUUGUGUGGGAUUGUGUGUGAGGGGAAGUUUUGAUUGUUUUUUUUUCUUUUCCUUUGUGAGCUGUUGAUGACUGAAGUAGAACAGGUACGUCUUCAGGUAAAGAGAGGGAUUUCUCAACCCACUUUCUGUGAUGUCAGACUAUUGGAGAAACCCUUUCAGCUGCUUUCUAGAUGUACCUAAAUUCAGUCAGGUAUUUUGGAUUAAGAAACCUGAAGUCCUGAUAGAUCAUAUACUCCAAGGAAAUACAUCAGGGACAGAUAAUUGGCUGAAAACACUGACGCUUCAAUGUGACACGUUUUUAUAGAACAUUUCUACCAGGGGGUACUGACUUGAUUUCUCCUACAAGGACCACACUGCCUUUGUGUUUAAUGUAAUGCAAUUUGUGUACCUUCUAAUCAUAUAUCUGCAAAAGUUUCUCAUUUUUAUAAAAAAUCAUGCCAGUAAGCUAGAUGUUGAAUGUAUGUAAGUAGCAUUUGGUAACUGUGCGAAGAGGCUACAAAAGUGCAUUAUUGGUUUAAAAAAAAUUUUUUUUUAGAUCUGAUUUGGUUGGAUAAGGUUUCAUUAUGACCUCUUCUGGGUCUCAGGCUCUAAUGCUUGAUUGAAAUAGAAGAAAAUAUAUUGGUUUUUGAAAAUCAGUGUAUUGUGACUUGAACUGCUAUACAUUCUUCCACACAGUAUGUCAGAGUGAUUAGUGCUUUGUACAUUUAGACAUUUUUAUUUUAUUGUUGUGAAAGAAAAGUAUACUGAAUUUAUAGAAAGCAAGUAUUCUCCUAAUUAACAAAGUUUAAAAUAUUAUCUCUACUGAUUAAAAUUACAAUAGAUUUUGAUAAAUAAAAUAACCAGAAAAAUGCCUCUUGUUUUUUUCACACCUAAAAAUCUACCCAUCCCCCCCACCCCGCCUUUUAUUGUAAGAGGUUUUUGUAAGGGACUUUCUGUUAGAAUCUUUAUAAGAACAGUGAGAUGCUUGUUUGAAUUUGGUGGUGUGUAAUAUUUUUCAGCUCACAUGAAAAUGGAGAACUAGAACCUGAACUAUUACCUACAACAUUGCCAAAGUCCGGGGGAAAGCUAAAAGUUGAUAAACAGAGAUUUGUUGAUUUGUGUGUGUAUAUAUAUGUUUGUUUGUGUGUGUGUGUGUAUAGUGUGUAUAUGUAUAAAUCACAAAGAAUAUUUUAGAUAUCCCUUACCUCUUUUAAUUUAACUAAGGGAUGUCAGAUAAAUGAAUUAAAAGCAACCAAAUAAAUGAGGUAUAAAGCUCUAUAACACACAGAGAUUCAGGUGUGAAAGGAAAAGAGCAUUGUACUUACCAGGGGGUGAGAUCUUGGCCAUGGCUGGAGAUCAGUCACUUUAUGGCAGAAAUGUCUGGUUGAUGUAAGAGACUGAAGGGUUGUUUUUAAUUCAACACAUUGUGCAUUUAUUGGCAUCUAAAUCGAGCAUGAUUUUAGUUAAAGCACAAAAAAAUACCAAAUAAUACCAAAUUACAGCAAAGGCUAUAAUAAAUAUAAUAAGCUCUCCCUCUGGUUUGUUAGAAAUCUUAUGUUAUACCUGAAAAGUUGGUUCUGAAAAACUUUCACCUUAGAGAAUUUCAUUUAUUUCUAUGUGUAUUUGUAUAUAUUUUGUACAUAUACAUACCUGUUAAUAUUUCAUGACCCUCUAACAUUUGUGUUCCAUUAUUUUAAGUGAUAUAAUUUGGCCCCAAAGAAGAAACAUUUCAUUUAAUUCAAAUUUUGCAUUCGGGGUCUUAGAACAGAUUUCCUGUGCAAGGUAUAGUUAAAAUGAAUGAGUUAGUCAUAAACCAUAGUCAGAUUUUCUAAGAUUUUUGACAUUCAUUUGCAUUAUUUAUUGGCAUUUAAUGUAAAAUAGUUUUCAGAUAUACAGCUGUUACAAAUAUAUGCCAGCAAUAUUCACGCUUUAUCCUUUAACAACCUUUUGUUUCUAUACUUCCUGAUUUCCAUUUUAAAAAGUUCUUCCAUUUAUGGACAAGCUAGUUAGGGAGAAAAUACUUGUUUUCUCUAACAAAACAAUUUGAUUGAUGCCGUCUAUGCCACGUUUGAUUAAAAAAUACAAAGAAAUAUCUGAAAGCUUUGGGAACUCUUCUCUAUGACAUUAAUUUGAAAUCAUGUUACCAGAACAUUUACGUCUUCUAGAACAAACCAAGUGUAAAGUGAAAGCUACCUUGGAAGUAAGAUUUUUAAAUAUAAAAAUAUUUUGAGAAUCUGGAGGGGGGUGAUGGUUGUAAUUUGAAAUCCUGACCCCUACCACCACUCUUACCCUCCUGAUGACUCUCCUGUGCCUGUUUAUUAUAGAGUCAGAAUUUUUGUGCUAAAGAGACCAUAGAGAUAAUCUAGCCAGUCUCGCAGCACCCACCCCUCCAUAUCCAUCCUCAGGAAACUGAGGCUCAGAAAGGUUGUAAUGUGAUCAAAGUCACAUAACUAAGAAGCAGAGCCAGAAUUAAACUCCUGUCUCCCGUUGAAUGCGUAUUAACACCCCACUGCCUCCUUUUACUCGUCCUAUGGUAAAUGUAACACUCUCCACUUCUGUAGCUUCUUUACAGUUCUGGUCUAGUAGUUGGUGAAUACAGCAUGUGAAGAAAGGUAUUAAAUCCAGAAAAAAAUGUAGAGUAGUAAACAUAGAUGGGGAAGUGUUAGAAAUGUAGGUAUCUAUACCACAGAUACAAGGAUAGAUACAUUUUUCUUAUUCUAAUUUAUGCCUUACUAUUUUCUGCCACAUAGCAGUUGAAUGCUGCCAUUUUAUAGUUGAUUAUAUUUCUGGGGAUUUAUUUAAAUGCAAAAAUAAACCCAAUGAAAUGACUUUGAUCAGUGUUUCUAGCUAUCUUAUGUAAUUUUUGAAUCAGCCAGCUUUCACAGUCACCUAGGUGGCAAGUUAAUUGUAUUGCACAGUGGAGUACUGCAAAGUAAAGAUUAAAUAAAUUUGAUUCCACAGUUUCUAAUGUAAAGAGGUUGAACCUUAUUUGUGCCCAGAGCAGAUAGAUAACGGCAGUAUUUCCUCAUGUGAUUGAAAAAGGUAUAUAGUGUGAAGCGUAUGGUUCCAUAACAGAAUGGUGACCGUGUCAUUUAAAGUGUAUAUACAGUAUAAAAUAUCUUAGUUGCAGUAGCCUCAGCUAUAUAAGCUCAAUAUUUCCAACCUACAUUCUCAAACUCCACUUAGUAGUUUUAAAGUAAUUAUAACUAUUUAUUAGACACUGGAACACUGAGAAUAACUUCUUUCAAAUUGUUUUGUUUGCACUAUAUUUGUGACUAUUUUAAUGAAGUGGGGUGUUUUUGCUACCUCACUUGGCUAGGUUAGUAUGGGUCCAUUUUUUGAGUACUUUAGUUGUUGACAAUCAGUUGUCUCAUUUACUUCCCUGCAUGUUCAUUUGUAAAUAAAAACACUAGUAUCUGUCUUCAGUGGGUAGUACACUGUUUAUACAAACACUGGCAAGGAGGAUCUCUCCAUUUCUGAUCUUAGAUUACAAAGUGGGGUUUAUGGUUUUGUUUUUUUUUAAAUCAGUAUUCAGUUACAUACUUGUUUUUCAGUUUAAAAAUGUUUAAAGGCCAUGCCAGUGGUCAGAAAAUCUGCAAGAAUUUCAGAGCAACUUUUCUAUACUAUGGCUAUGUUAAACAGUCUGAACCUGAGACUUUUUAUAUUUCAAGUUGAAUGAUUAGUGAUGUUUCAAACCACGAAGUCGGUUGAGACACUUAUUUGUAAUACUUUAAUUUUUUUAAGUGCUUUUUAGAAACAAAUUGUUUGAAAACCAAUUAGAAAUAAUUGAUAGCUUAAACUCUAAAUAUUAGAAUAUUUGCCAGAUUAUAAGAAGAUGAAAUGCAGUGUAAAACUGUUAACAUGCUAAAAAAAAAUCAUGAGUCACCAGAUUGGUACAACUUUCCAUUGCCAAGGUGGUCAUGUUGAUAAUGUAAGACAUAAAUUUUAGUAUUACCUGCAUUGUGUACCUAAUGGGUAUAUCAUAUUGGCACUGAACAUACAUAGGAAAUGCUGUUCAUAGAGUCAACCAAUGUGCACUUAAACUAUAUAAGAUUUUUGGCGGUGCCAGAAAUUUGUGUGGUGAUCUCAACCCAUUAGAAUUAGAGGAGUCAUAUAUCAUCCAACCUUCCCCUGCCCAUAUAGGUACACUCCUUCUGAACCUGACCACACAACCACAAAAUUUUGGUUAACUUCAGUCUCUUCAGUAUUUUUGUAGUCUUUGCCAUUAGUCACGUGAGAAAUACACACAAGAGCAAACAGUUCAGGAUAGACAUUAGCAGAAAGCUGGGAAUGAUGUGAAAUAACUGGCAGCAUAGUACAGAUAUGUAAGUUCUAUGUUUUGUUUCUGGAUUUUAAGAAAUUGUUUACAAAUUAAGUCACAUUCGGAUGUCUGCUAUUAUGCUAUUCUGUUUAAUAUAGAUUUUACCCCCAAAAUUAGAAUUAGGUGUCGCUUAAAGUAUAAAUGAGUCUUUUUUUCAUAAUUGCAUACCUGGAGGUAGGUUUAGUAAAGAAAGUCUUUUGUUUUCAAAGAAAAUGAACUUAAUUGGACAAUCCAUCCCCAACUACAGAAUUGAUAUCAAUCUGGUUUGCUGUAUUUUAGUGUCAAAAGUGCCGUGUUAAUUAUAUCAGAGGAAGUUCUUCACAUCUUCAUAAAUUACAAAAUUUACCAAAGAAAAUGUAUUAACCAAAUAUAAAUUUUGGAGUACCUAACUGUUAAGGAAUGAGGCCCCUUUAACAUAAAGGAUUGAUUUCUAGCCCUGGGGGAAAUGUUCUUCCAUCUGGAACAGAUAUACAGUACUUACAAGAUUCCAUUUGAGGUUUUCUUAUCAUGUUGGUAAAAUGUCAACAUUUAUACUUCCAGCAAAAGUACCAGUUAAAGGUUAAGUCCAAAUAUUUCUUACAGCACAUUUUCAUGUCUCCUUAACUCAGAUUGAGGAUUCUGCUCAUCAGUAUUAAAUAAAAGGGGGAGGGAGGAAUUCCUAAAAUUGGCAUAUUGUAUGAUAUUGUGACUUUUUAAAAAUAAAAUUGACAGGUAAAUUAUGGAAAUGUAUCUUUUUAAAUGGGCAAUGUCAAUUAUAUCUAGUAAAUAUGAUAUUGGCUAAAACAGUAUGUUUACAUAUUUAUAUACAUGAUCGCUCUAUUGUUGUUUUUCUUUGCAGAAAAACAGGAUUGGGUUCAGAAAGCUGAAAUAUUCGUUUUUAAAUGUAUAGCUUAAUAAGAACUAAUGGAUUUACUUAAACUAUUAAAUAAUGAUUUUUUUGGAAAAUAUAAAACUGUAUAUUAACUGAUGUUCCAAACAGGCUCUAUGUAUUAUUUUUUUUUCAUAUCAGGUGGUAGUUAAAAAGUAAUGAAUGUGUUGAUCAGCUAUCUUACAAAAGAAAGUUGGCUUUCUAACAAUUACUAAUUUAGGUUUUUGUGGGGUUUUUUAAGUUUUAUCAUCCAAACUGAAUUGAGAGAUAUGUUCAAUGUUCUUUGUUGGUUUUAAAAUAUUUGUAAUAAGUUCAUUAACUACAGUGGAUUCUUAUUCUAAAAAUUAUGCUGGCUUUACAUUCAGUUUAAUUGGUUAAGAGAAACAGUUUUUAUGGUGCAGAUUAUUUUCCCACUUUCUCAUAAUAAUUUGGCUUUCCUGAGCUACAAUUUUUGAAAAGUUUUUACUGCUGUAACAUUAGGUAGUCUGAUCUCUGUCACAAUGGACAAGUAUACAGGAAAUAUCCCACUUUCACAUGUUUGCUUCAUAAAAGGAUAUAGAUUGUAUAGGUCAGCUCUUGCGUUUUUGUUUGUUUGUUUGUCUUUUAACCAGCAUCAACCUACUGCUUGGUGUAAACUUCCCAAGUAUUCAGAGAAUAGUGCUGGUUAAAAUUUAAAUAGGCUAGGCAUGAAGAAAAUAUGAUCUCUAUUGACUGAUGUCCUUUCACACUAGGACUAGUGAAAACAUUCAUUUUUUUUCAGAACUGAAGAAAAAAAAAAACGUACAUUUAAGAUCAUAUUUAUUGGUGCAUGUAAGCCAUUAUCUUAACUGUCUUACUGAACUGAUUAAUGCUGUUGAUUGUUGAAAUGUGAAAUGUAGUCACUGUUGACCUUGUAAAUAUCUGCCAGAGAUGAAAAAAUAUUUUAAGUUAUUGUAAAUAAAGAUGUAUAAAAUUCAUUAACAGUCUGCAAUGCAGAAACAUAUCUAAGAUGUUAAAUAUUGUGUUUCUUGAGAGAUGUGUAAUUUUCCCUAGAUGUAUCUAGAUAUAUUAAGAAUGUAAAUUUUCUUUUGUACAGUAUAAAAUACAGCUUUAUUUGGCUUUUGACUGGA